AUCUUUUAAUGUCGAAUAAGCGUAAGCAAGAGUCAUCAUCAGAACAACCGUCGAAGCUCGAGUUAUUCAAUCAGCUACAAAGACAACUCAAUGCGUGGCAACUAGGCAAGUCUGUCGAUGACUUUAUACGCCGCCUUCCACCACUGACCACCUCCGUGUUCACAUGUCCCUGGAUCUGGGCUGAGAAUCCUUAUCACAAUCCUCACGACAAGUCGCCAUAUCCGCAUGUCGCGCUGACUUUACAAAUCGCGGCAUGCGACUACUCAAGAGUCCUCAGAGAUUCGCCUCAAGAAAGCGAGUCCUUGCAGGAGCCCAUCACUAGCCUAGCAAGAAACACUCACGUUCUCUCUAGGAAAUGGAUGUUGUUCCCCAAGUCUGUCGAUGUUACUCAAGUUUGGAAACAGAUCGUAGUAGGUGUCAUCGAAAACCGACUUGGCUCUGGCUGCAAAGUGGCAACGGAUGAUGGAAAAGAGGAACGGCUGAUCUGCGUCUACACCAGAAACUUUCAAGAUACUCAAGAUGUUGUGCGAAUACUCCAGGAGCUGGAAACCAUAGGCUUGCUCUCUGCAGGCCGACUUAUCUACUACAAGCCUGAUGCCUAUACUUACCUGGAUGUUAGACGCGAAAAUGCGGCCGAGUACGGACUGAAAGCGAUUCUUUACAAUUCCCGCUCAAUGCUGGCCAACAGCAAAGGAACUGAGUCAGCUUCCCUAACCCAGCAGAAGCAGUGUACACUUGAUGGCUGUUUCGGGCCGUGAAUGAGUUCUGCUGUCGCUAUAGUGAAGAAGAGGGUUGCAGGAAUAGCGUAUACAGGGUGUACGCAUGCGAUGCAACGCACUGAUAACUCGGAUAGCAUUUACGGUGCUUAGAUGAGGACGCUGAAGGGCCCCCCACGGAGUCUUUUCCAGCUAGACUGAUAAUUUCCCUUUUCGUCUUUCUGUUCUCUCCGCCACUAUUUGGAGCCUGUGUGCCUUCUAGUCAUUGUUGAACGCGUAGCAAAUCCUUUACGGAUUAUGCGUCAAAACCAAGGUUCUGUCGGA